AUGGCAUCUGACCGAGGACUAUCCCUGGUUCUUCUUCUGUUGCUUACCUGCUUCUUCAGGAAGAGUGUCUGCAUUUGUGAUGGAACAAUCUGGACAAAGGUUGGAUGGGAGAUUUUUCCGGAAGAAGUGCACUAUCUGAAAGUGAAGCCUCCUCCCUCUCACUGUCUGCCCUACCCUCUGGACAGACUGUGCUGCAACUUUGCCAACAUGGACCUACUUCAGAGUUGUUUGCACCUCACUUAUAUCUUAGCACAAGCUCUCGUUUUAAUCCUCUCUGUUUUAUCUGGGCAUUAUCUGUGGAUGAAAUGGAAGAAACACCAAAAAAAGCUGAAAAAGCAAGCCUCCUUAGAUAAAUCUGGCAAUGCUCUAGAAAGCCCAUCCAUCUAUGACAUUGACCAAAUACUCUGCAGACUGCUGGCCACCACGUCCAUGAUGACCAAGUACCUGAAGCAGGUGUCCCACCAUUCUUCCUCUAAGAAAGUUAAGCACCGCGAAUUAAAGAGGAAGAAAAGUGGAGGAGGAGGAGAG